ACACCCCCCCCCCCCUUCCCAUCCCACCCCGGACCCCCCCGGAUCCCUCAGCCCCGCCUGUUGCGGGUCCCGGCGGCAGCCCCCCACUACCGGCCCCGGGGAUGGAUGAAGCCGCGGCGGGGACCACCGUGAGCCCCGCCUGCCCCCUCCCCGGCCACCGCGCCUUCAUCUCCUCCUCUUCGGGGACAGCUAGCGAUGAUAAACAGCCUGGCUGGUUUAGCCCACCGAGGGGCUGCGCUGGAGCAAACCCACAGCAACAGCUUCCCCCCCCCCCCCACCGCCUAUUCCCCGUCCCUUGGGUCUGGCUGGAGAUAAAAACAGGAUUUAGCACUCUGUACAAGCCAUAUGUACCCUACACGAGGCACAACUGUUGUUUGCUUGUAGAUCUAAAAGCUGGCGUGCCCAAAAGCAUGUUCCCCUCUUUCCUAGUGGUAUUAAUUAUAUUAAUUAAUAUUAAAGCUGCUACCAGCUCCCACAAGCGCCGCCUCGCUGACGUCCCAGCGCCGGCCCAGGGACCCACGCGUUCACCGGACACCUACAUCAGGAGGCCGAGGACGGAGCAGGCGUUGAUUUCGUUGCAGAAUUCCCUCCAGCCCUCCUGCCUCCCCACUCCCACUCCUGCCAUUUCCCGUGACUGCAGCCGUGUCGCGGGCCUUGGGGAAUGAGCCAUUAAUGGCAUCAGAAACGCACCUCCCUUCCAGAUGGCCAGCCUGGCUUUAACAUGUAUUUCUCCCUUUUUUCUUUUCCACCCAGGAAAAAUGAACGUGGAUCCAAACCCCAAUCCUGGCUUGGGGGAAAUAAUUUAAUUUCCGAAAUUUAAAGACAAUCUCUGCAGAUUAAAAUGAUGGUACAGCCAUGAAGCAAUAGAGUAAAGUGAUAAAGGGAGGGGGGACUGGCCACUCUUUUCCCUUCCCCCCUUGCCCAAGGUAACACCAAGCAAAAAUUUGUCUUAAGAGGAAAAUUUAAAAAGAAAUCAUCUAUUUUACUUGGAUAAUAAUCCAGUCAGCAGUUAGGCAGUGACCGCUGCUCUUAGGGAUCGGAGCCCACUUUUGGAAGUGACAAAAGGGGAUUUGUCCCAGCGAAGGAUCUCCAGGGCUAUGGCUAAAUCCCGGCAGAGCAGAGCCCCCUGAAUGACGCCAGCAGUUCCCCUGGGUUCAUCUGAAAGUGCCAACCACCUUUCCACACCCAGCCGAGGCACCGUUCAGCACAACUCCAGCGUCACCCACACCACCUCCCCCCCACUCAGAUGCCACUGUGGCUGCUGCUCGCCCUGAGUCAGUGCUGAGCUGGCUCCUCAUGAGCCCUACCAACCGUUUGAAGCAAUGAUUUUCAUUUUUCCCACUGACCCGCAGACCCCCUAAGCCUUUUCCCACUGACAGCCCAUGGAAAAAUGCAUUUUAACCCACAGUGAGCUUUCACAACCUGCUUAGAAAUAGUCUGAGAGCCCCAGGCACUCUGCACUCCCGUUGCCAACAGCGUGUUCAAGUUCUGGCUGUCAGUCAGACAAGGACCAGAUGAAAAGAGGGACAGAGAGAAGGAAAAACAUCCCUGCUUGUGUCCUGGAGCCGCUUUGCCCCUGGAUGCCGGGCAGGUUUGAGCCUUGGGUUGGUUCAGAGCAGACUUUUGACAUGGCUGGUCCCAGGAGCUUCGCUCAGGCCGGAUUUCUAUCUAAGCAUUCACUAACAGUAAGAGACUUGAAGUCAGGACCAAUUUUUUCCAGCUGGGUUAGAUGGGUCAGCUACCACGUAGCCUCCUUGUCUCAGAAACUAAGAGGAAACAGCUCCUGAUGAGCAGAAAUGCUUGGCCAAAGCAGUUAGGUGAAAAUUAGCACGCAAUUACCGGCAGCGGCUGGGACUCAGCCACUCGUGGCAGGGAUGCUCGCCCACCACGGACGUGCCCCACGGAGGGGGACCAUGAGGUUGACCUUUGCAGCCUCUCGCAGCCCAGGGUGCUUGGGGAACUGGUUUUGUAAGGAUGGAGCUCGUGGUGAUGCUUCGAGGUGGUUGAUUUCCCAUUUGCUUUUCUUUGGGCAGCUCAGCUGUUCCUUAUCCCUGAAAUAUAUUCAAGUAAGAGUGACUCAUCCUUCCUCCCAGGACUCUAACCUGCAGUAAUGAGAUGUAAAUCCUUGCUUGACCUAUUAUAUUAGCUUAUGCUAUAUCACACAUCUCUGUGGAUUAGACGGGAGGGAGAUGAAAUGUCCCCCAGUAGCAGCCAGUCUCAGACAAGCUGGUGGAAGUUAAGAAGAUCUUCUCUCAGCAUUGACACCUGAUUUGAAUAGGAUGCAAGCAGUUCGGUUUCCUCUGCCAUGGUGAAAAGGAUCAUUUCAGCUCUUCUUUCCAGGUAAGGGGAGAACUGGCUCCAAAGCCACAGCUGGAAGCUCUCCCCUCAACCCGGGUUUCACCUGAUGCUCCAGAAACCCUCUGGAGGGGACCAGAAUUGGCUAGGAUUUCCUGGAGUGGCUGGUUCUUGGAGUUAUCCCGUAGAUUGUACAGGGGAGGGGAAGGGCCUGUGACCUUGAGUUGCAAUGCAACAGCCGCCAAAGGGCAGCGAUCCGAUCCUUGUCAGCCUGAAAUCCGGGGGAACACAGAGGUUUAAACCUUUGAAGGCCCUAAGUAGGUGAGCUAAUCCUGGAAAGACGUGUGUGUGUGUGUGUGUGUGUGUGUGCUGGAGACACGGCGGGGGAGGAAAUGAGAAGGUGUUUCUAAACAAAGCAGGCAGCCUCUCUGCUGGGAGAAGUCAGGCUUGCACUUGACGGUUGAUUGUCACUUCUUGUGCUGGGGACCUUCUGCUUCUUCUGCUCUUCUUGCACACUUCUUCUGGCCCCGGGCGUGGAGGAGCAGAGUCACCUUUGCUAUUCCCACCUGCGGACGGGGAUGCCCCAGCGGGUUGGAGACAGGGGGACCCGGCUCUGCCCUUCACUGCCACGCAGCCGGGGAGCUGCCUGCUCCGGGAGCAGGGAGCAGAUGAUGAAAGUAUGCUGUGUAUCCUCACCGGCGCAAUCAGCUUCUCCGUGUAAACUACUUAGCUGUAAGAAGGUAACUAUUACUCUGUGACAGCUAUUAAGAAGUUAUUAAGAAAAUGCUGAGGUGCUGAAGCACUGGGAUGGGGGGGGCAAUGCAGAGGGACCUCAGGGGCCACAGCCUGGCUGGAGGGUCCCGGCGCUGUUAUGGACCACCGCAAGCUUCAGCUGCCAACAGUUCAGGAGAAAAUAUCCUGAGGUCUUGGGCAUAACAUCCCUUCAAAGGGCAGUUCUGCCUAGCACUCACUGGGAUAAAAGUGCCACCGUGUCAUUAAUAUAGGGAAUAAAGAAAGUUUAGCAUAAGGGUGUUGUAAAUUAUCAAAUAAAAUUACUUCCUUUCAUGUUACUUGAAUGUAAUUAAAUAAAGCUACGUGCGUCUGGCGUUUGCCUCGGCCAAGGAAGAUGAAAUGCAAGGCAGCUGCCAGCUUUGUAUGGAAAUGAAAUCAAAGCUGCCUUUUUGUGACCUGGGGAGGCCAUUUCAAUGUAAAGCCUUCCUAUUCCUAUAGGACCAAGCCUUUAAGUUCUGAAAAUCUGUCAUCAUCACCUAAGGAUGAAGAAGUCCCAAAGCGGGGAGGAUUAUUACUGUUCUUAUUUGAGAUUAAGACUUAAUUAUACUCAGGGAGAGCUAUAUAGCACAUAGGGUAUAGGUCAAAUGUUGCGUCAUGUAAUGAAUUUUUGUUUUUUGAAAGAACUUGUGUUUAAUUGUAUCCCGGGCUCUCGUGCAUCCGUGUGCCUGCGGAGCUGCCCUCAGCGGGGAUGUCGCUGCCGCUGCUUGUGACAACAUGGGCUGAGCGUGAGAGGGGGCACGAAGGAAGAAGUGGCAAGGUCCUUUACAGGGUUGUGCCCAUCUCUUCUCUUUCCCAAUAUAUAACAUUUAAAAAUUGUAUAUUGCUAGUAUUAUUUUGCUAAUGAAUACCCUAUACUGUUCUGGGUGAUAUGUCUCCCUUAAAUCUCUGCUGUGGGCAUACACACGUGUAUAUCCACACAGAUGUACACCCACUACAAAUUUUUCUGUUCAGAUCCCCACAAGCUGAAGACCGUUAGAGCCCUUGCUGCCCAGGGAGGUUUAAUGCCAGCCCGUGGAAAGGAUCAGUCCCUCCCCAUUUGUUUCUGGGCAGGAGGAGGUGCGACAGCCAGGUACCCUGAGAAACCCAGCACGCCUGGCUGGCCGUCCUCCUCCUCGCCCUGGGGUGGCCUGGCAGAGCAUCCCCUGGGAGACCCCGGGUGGUACCUGGGAAGGGAAGCCAGGAGUGGGGGUGCUGCUGAGAUGCCCCCUCAACUCCCUCUGGACCCUCUGGUCUCGUCACGGCGUCUGAGUGGGCACGGGGCUGCCCAGGCUCAGAAUUUCAGAGCAGAGGAAUUCGAGUUGUUUGGGGUGGGAAGGGUCCUGCCGGGGCUGUGUGCAGGGGACAUACAGCCUGUGUCCCAAGGGAUGGGGGGGCUUGGGGGUGCCCUGGGCGCGUUAGCAGAAGAGGAGGGUAACCAGGCAGGGGAGCGGGUCCCAGCACAGAUCAGGGUGGUUGUAAUCCCUGCCAGCACACGCGCUGGGAGGAGAGAUGCUGUUGGGGGACGAGGAAGAAGAGUUUGGGGUUGGAGGCGGAGGGGAGGGUGCUCCCACGGCAAAAUCUGCACCCAAGCAGUGACACAAAUGUACACGGACAGUCACACAGAGCAAGUAAACAGGCACAUGGGGAGACCAUGUGCUGCUUCGCUGCUGGUGGUGGAAAGCAAGCCCGGAGCAAAGGCACACGCCAGCCGAAACACACACACGGUCACGCACACGCACAGUUUUCCCACGGGGGAUCUUUCCAGCCUUGCCUUCAUUUCCUGGAGUGCUCAGAAGGAAAAGCCAGAGAGAGGAGCUGGAGAGGUGAACGACACCGAACGGUGACGGGAAUGGCUUUGUACACCACGCUAAAAAUAGUCCUGGUGAUAAAGUCAGCGGCGGAGGGGGAGGAGGUGCAGGCAGUGCACAGAUGCCGGCGAGGUCUGCCAGCGGUUUGGAAUCCCGCACAGCAAGGAUGGAGCAGAAGGAGCCUCGUCGGGGCCGUAAUUAGCACUGGUAAUUUGCUCCAAGCAGCCCUGAGGGGAUUAAGCAGUGGGCAGCUUGGGAGGGAGCCUGCCUGGAGACUGUUACGCCCCCUCCUCUUGGGAUGGACGGUUUGCAACCCUGGGAAAUGGGAAGCAGCGAGCGAUUGCUGCAGCUGGAAUUGCGCUGCGAACAGAUGGGCGCUCUGGUUUCUUUUGCAGUGAGUCUGGGGUGGUUGUUUUGAUGUUGUUGUUGUUGUUGUUUGUUUGUUUA